AUGAUCAAACAAAUUCCUAAAUAUGCCAAAUUCCUCAAGGAUCUUUGUGUGUACAAGAAGAAAUUGAAGGGAAAUGAAUUGAUAAGUAUGGGGAAAUAUGUCUCAGCAUUAUUUCAGCCAGUUCCUCAGAAAUGUGAAGAUCCUGGAGUUUUCACAGUGCCUUGUGUUAUAGGAGAUUGUAUUUUUGAGGAUGCGAUGUUAGAUCUUGGAGCUUCUAUAAAUGUGAUGCCUAAAUCAGUUUUUCAAUCUUUAAAAAUUGGACCUUUGCAACCUACAGGUGUAGUAAUUCAAUUAGCUAACCGAAGUCAAGCACACCCAGCUGGAGUGAUAGAAGAUGUUUUGGUAAAAGUGAGGGAGUUAAUUUUUCCUGUAGAUUUUUACAUCUUAGACAUGGAGGGUGAUGCGCUUGCAAACAUGUCUCCACUUAUUCUUGAACGUCCAUUCUUGAAAACAGCUAGAACAAGGAUUGAUGUACAUGUAGGAACUCUUUCCAUGGAGAUAGGAGACAUAAGAGGAUCAUUCUAUCUUAGCUUGGAUAUUUCAGAGGAGCUGGACAACAUGGAUUUCUCUUCGGAAGUUGAUUCAGAUUCAGAUUUUUUUGAUGUUGGUCAAGGGAAUGAAUUGGUUUCAUUGUUGGAGAGUAUCUUAGAAGUGGGAGUAGAUGUGAGUUCAAAAGAAUUAUGCGUAGGGGAUUACUUAGGAGAAGCAUUACUCCUAGAAUCUCCCAGAGAAGAAGAAUUAUGCGUAGAGGAUUGCUUAGGAGAAGCUCUACCCCUAGGAUCGCCUUCGGUUGACCAGAUACAGGAGGAGUUGAAGUCAUUACCUCAGCAUUUGAAGUAUGCCUAUUUAGGAGAGAAUCAGCAGCUACCUGUCAUUAUAGCUCAGAAUUUGGAACCAGAUCAGGAGGAAAGAUUGUUAGAGAUUCUGAGACAGCAUAGAAAGGCCAUUGGAUGGACUCUGGGAGAUAUUCCUGGGAUCAGUCCUUCUAUUUGCAUGCAUAGGAUCUAUUUGGAGGAGGAUGUGAAGCUAGUGAGACAACCAUAG